AUGAAACAUUCAGCCGAAGGCAAGGAGGCCCCCCCCUCGGGGGCACCCUCACUCGUCGCUGUGCGUCUCCCAGAGGAAGCGGCGGGCGCUCUGCCCUUGGUGAUCAGGUGGCGUGUGCCUGAAGGCAGCCAAGUGGUGUCUGGACAGAUUCUCGCUCAUUUGUUCUGCACAGCGUCUUUGGCUGAAACUUGCGCGUCAGCUGCAUCGGACGCUGAUGCAGGAGCUGCGGAGGCGGCUCCAGUUGCAGAAUCCGCAGAGGGGCCCCGUGCUGUCGAAUGGGUGCUUCGUGCGCCAGUGGCAGGCAUCCUUACCGACCUAAAGGCACCCACAAAUACCCUCCUCUCGGAUCCUUCCCUCGUUUCCUCUGCCCCUCAAACCUUCCUGACCGUCCUCCCUACGCUUCCGGCCGCUUGCGAUCACUCUCUGGUGCUUGGGGGCAUGUGUGUUGCAUGCCUCCUUCCAGUUGACCAAGGUCAGCUGCAGUCGACGGUGCUUGCUGGGUUCUACAGCAGCCAUAGGGAUCUCCGGCUGGAUAAACACACUGCGAAGCGACUAGAACGGGAGCGGGUCUUGUCGCUGAUCAAUCGGAGGCGGUUGUGUCUGGUGCUGGAUUUGGACAACACGUUGCUGCAUGCAACGAGUAUUCCGCCACCAGUGGACUGCCUCCCUACCAUCAUUUUAGAUGACUUUGCGCCUCAAGGCGGCAAAGAUUCCCAGCAGUCCGCUGCUCGAGGAGGGGCCACUGAGGCAGGUUCCGAAGCAGCAGACGAAAUCUGGGAAAUCGCAGCAGAAGCGCUAGACGGUAAGAGGGAAGAGGCGAAAAUACAGGCUCCUGCAGCAGAAGCGCCUCUUGGAGGCUCAGACUCCAACAAGGGGGAGGGCAGCGAUCUCGCUUCUAAUCGAGGCCAUCAAAACGAGAGCAGCAGCAACAGCAACAGCAGCAACAACAACAGCAAGAGCGAAAAUGCACAGCUCAAUAGAGGCGCCUUGGGGUACUCAGGACCCCAACCGCGGACAUGGGAGGAAGUCUGUUUCCCUUCGCCUCCUGCAGUGGAUGCGAGCGGCAGCAGUGGCAACAGUAGCCACAGCAGCAGUCGGAGAGUAUAUCCGCAUUACAGGACUGACGGGGCGGCACAGCAUAUCGUUUCGCAGCUGGAAAGUUCGAUCUUUUGCUGCAGAGUUGCUGCUGAACGCUCCGACCCCUGGGGAUCUGCAGUCCAUCGCAGUGUUAUCAAGCUCCGACCAGGGAGCAUCACGUUCCUAAGAGAGAUGUCCCGUUACUUCGAACUGUUUCUCUACACCAUGGGAACUGCCACUCACGCAAAGACUGCCUUGCGGCUGCUAGAUCCUUCUGGCCGCUUUUUCGCAUCUCGUGUCUUCUCGAGAGGCGAUUCCGUGGGAGGGUUGAAGCGCAUUCGUCGUAUUUUCCCGACGGAACGGAAGUUGGCUCUGGCGGUUGAUGACCUGGAGUUUAUGUGGGAAGACACUUCAAAGUGCAUUAAGGUGGAGGGGUACUUCUUUUUUGAAGAUCCAUCUGCAGGAGACGUUGGACGCCUUGCGCCAGAAACCGUGUCUCAGUGGUUGGGGGCAGCACGCCCCUUCUGUAAUUUUCUUCCCUCAGUAUGCUGCGGUGCAGCUGCUGCUCUCGUUUAUAUGCCUGCUGAAGCUGCGUGCUUCUACGAGCACGGUCCUUAUGGUGCGGCAACAUUGAGGGCGGGUGGUGGUGGCUGGCUUGCCACAUCUCACGUCUUUCAUCUAGGAGCAUGCGACUUUGACCCUUUCUCCGCCUGCACAUCGUCUGCGUACCUUCCUGUUGCUCGUUUUGAUCCGUGGUAUCUCUCUCUCACUGUCUUCCAACCUCUCGAUGCGUUGUCUCUCCGUUUUACACGGCCACCUUUGGCGAGUGUCGCUGGAAGGCCUAAGGGUGCAGAGCAUGUGCAUACAUGUGCAUGGCUUCCUUCGGUGCUUGCGCGUGUUGCUGCAACCAAGUGCCUGACAGAAAUACACGAUAGAGAGGAAGUGAGAGCGAAAGGCUUUGAAACUUGUUCCGAGCUUGAGCUCCUCAACCCUCUCCUCCCUACCGAGACAGCACAGGCAGCACAGCUGUCCAGUCGUGCUUUUUCGCACUCCUCGGCUGCAGCCGUCGCAAUCGAACAGGAAACUCAUGCGGAGGCACUUGCUCAACAGCAAAGGGAGCAGCGAGAAGAACGGGAGCUGAAGGAGCAGCAAGUGAUGGGGGCCGCUGCGUCGAAGGGCGAGGUGGCGUCUCCUUGUGAACCUGUAGCAGCACACACAGCAGAAGGCGCAACACCAAAUGCAGAAAUAAGGACAGCUACAGACGACGGCAGGUCACAGGCACACAAGAGACAAUGCGGGAGAGAGUAA